AUGGGAAAAGACCUUUACUCGGUUCUAGGGAUUAAGUCGAAUGCUACGGAGCAGGAGGUGAAACGGGCGUAUAGAAAUUUAGCUCUUAUGUACCAUCCUGAUAAGAUAAGUGAUGAAUCUCAACGAGCCGAAUCAGAGGCCAAGUUCAAAGAGAUAUCUGCGGCGUAUGACAUACUUUCAGAUGAACAGAAACGGUCUGAAUACGAUCAUUAUGGGCGUUUUGAUGAGGGAUCUUUUCCAUUUGGUGAUUUUGAUGAUGACUAUAAGCGCGGGAAUGAGGAUUUCAUGAACUUCUUUAGGUAUGGUGCAGGCCGGUAUGGUCAGUAUGAGGACGCGGAGCAGAAGACUUCUCAGAAGACUAAGGACUUUGUCGUUCCUCUGAAGUUGUCUACCAAGCAGUUGUAUCUGGGGAAGACGUUUCAGUUUAAAUUGAAGCGUAAUGUGCUCUGUUCUAAAUGUGAAGGAUUGGGGUUGCGCAAGAGGGCAGCCCAUUGCAUGCCGAUGAAGUGUGGAAUAUGUGAUGGAAGGGGCUUUAAAGAACGAGUAAGUCGUAUUAGUCCUGGAUUUAUUAGCAGAGAACGUGUUCCCUGUGAUGAAUGUGAUGGGAAGGGAACUGUGGUUUCGAGAGAUCCUAGUGACAACUGUAAAAAAUGCCAUGGCAAAUGCGUUAUUGUGGAGAACUCAAUCCUUACUCUAUACGUUCCACGUGGUCAUCGUCAUGCUGAUACAAUAAGGAUAGAUGGUCAGGCUGAUAUGGAAGCUGGGAAGGAGACAGGUGAUCUGGUGUUUGAGAUAGAUGAGAUUACUGAUCCUGACGCAGAACUGGAGCGCAAGGGGACUGAUUUGCAUUGUUCGAUCACUAUAUCGCUUGCUGAGGCAUUGACAGGGUUCACAAGAUUAGUUGCAAGAACGUUUGACGAUAGAUUGUUACGCAUCACAAUCCCCAGUGGGAAGGUUCUGCGUCCAGGAAAUUACCUGAAGUUCACUAACGAGGGCUGGCCGAUCAAUAACGGUUCUCGGUUUGGAGAUCUUUAUGUUAAAGUGAAUAUUGAAUUCCCUAAAGACAAUUGGCUUAAUGAGAAAUCAGAAUUGGAGGCAAUUAAACACAUUCUUCCAGGCCUAAAAAACAGCAGUAAUUCCCACCAAGGCGAUGGAGACGAUCCUGCAAACACAGAGGACAUAAACUCAUAUUACGUGAUACAAGACAGCAGUAGACUACCAGAUUACUUAGCCCAAGAAGGGCAGCAACGUUCAAACCAGCAGUAUGGUGAGCGCAACACUGCAUCAGAAUGCCCUGUACAGUGA